UCUUCUGGUUUUAUUAGUGUUUACAUCGCAUUUUUGUUUGGUCUCUAUUCUGUAAGAUCCGUGUUCUAGUCUCUGUUUUUGAGUGUUUAUCAUUGAACUGCUUAAAAAAAAUACAAAAACAGGGGAGAGGCUUGGCCACCAUGGAUGUUGUCAAUCAGAUGCAGAGACAGUUUGUUGACUACUCUACAUCAUUACACCGUGAGGGAAUUUUGGAUGAUCAAUUUACUCAGCUCCAAAAACUGCAAGAUGAAAACAGCCCUGAUUUUGUGGUUGAGGUUGCUUCUCUCUUCUUUGAAGAUUGUGAGAAGCUUAUUAACAAUAUGGCCAGAGCUUUGUGAAGAGCAACAAGGGGUUGAUUUCAAGCAAGUAGAUGCUAGUGUCCAUCAGCUAAAGGGUAGUAGUUCCAGCAUAGGUGCAGUGCAAGUUAAAAACGUAUGCAUCGCCUUCAGAAGUUUUUGCGAGGCCCAAAACCGAGAAGGGUGCUUGAGAUGCCUGCAGCAGGUGACUCACGAAUACUCCCUACUGAAGAACAAGCUUCAAACCUUAUUCAGGCUGGAGCAACAAAUCCUUGCAGCAGGCGGUUCAAUUCCAGUGAUCGAAUAAAUCAUCACUCAUAUCGUUCCUCGUAGUAGAACAAAGGAAAAGUAAACAGUCGCUAUUGCAGACAACAUUUUCAGAUAAGGUUUUCUAGUUAUUGAUUGUAACAUUGCUAUAUAUAUAUAACUGAAGGAUUUAGAUUUGUCUGUAAAGCCUGUAUGAGGUUAGAGUAAUGCUGUGAAUCAACUGCAAAAGCAUAAAUGUGGUAGUUUUCUUUGUUGGCUAAUGUCGAGAUUUCGAACA